AUGAAUCUGCAGCCCAUUGCUAACGCUCCCGCGCUUCCAAACUCUUGUUAUAUAACCAAUCAACGAUUGGUGGACCCACGGACUGGAAUGGAGGUACAGCCUCCCACAGAGCCGGAGUUGAACCAGUACUUUUUUAUGGACAAGGAGGGGUUCCACUCGAAGGAGGCGGGCGCUGGCAUCGCUGUAGUGCAUAAUGUGGAAAGGACUAAUGCAAUCUAUGACAUCCUGACCUCUAAAGGUCAGUACAUCUUCACCGCCCUCAUGCGAGCCACAAUCAUGAACGAUGUCAGAACCGUGAAGACCCUCCUGAAUUCUGAAGCUACGAUGGCGCUGCCAAACGGUGUCACUGCCUUGAUGCUGGCUGCUCAUCUUGGUCAUGCAGACUGUGUCUCGCUACUCGUGGGCAAGGAGGCGGGCCUACAGCAAAAAAAUGGAAACACGGCCCUCAUGGAAGCGGUGCAGAAUGGCAACGUGGAGAUUGUUAGGAUCCUAGCGCCCCGGGAGGCGGGCUCUAGGCGCCGAGAUGGCUGGACGGCUCUUAUGACGGCUGCAGAAAACGGGAUUGAGGACGCCGUCAAGAUUCUUAUGAAGUCGGAGGCCGGGAUCCAAACUCGAUCAGGGGUCACUGCACUCAUGAUUGCUGCAGGGAAUGGCUUCACAAAUAUCGUGAAGCUCCUAGCUCCAUCUGAGAAGGGACUCAAGACGCUUGCAGGCUGGACCGCCUUGAUGGGGGCGGUUGAGGAGAAACACCUCGAUGCUGCGGCAGUCCUUGUACCCCACGAAGCCAAAUUGACAAAAAUGGACGGCUGGACAGCCCUGAUGAGCGCUGCCAGACACGGAGCGUAUGAUAUUGCUAAAUUGCUGGCUCCAUACGAGGCAGGGAUGGUUUGUCCAGCGGAUAACAGCUGCGCUCUGAUGUGGGCUGCAUCUGUGGGCAAUCGCGACAUUUGUGAGCUUCUCUUAGACAAGGAGGGCCACAUCCGUAACAAGCAGGGGUUCAAGGCUGUUGACUUCGCUGCGGACGCAGGCUACACGAAUUUACUUGCGCUUCUCUCAGGCGAAGAAGCCAACAUUAGCGUCCAGAAAAAGAAAAAGGGAAAGAAAGGGGAAAAGAAAUAG